AUGUGGAUGUUCUUUAUUGCAACAGCACAGCCACACAAUAGAAGAAGCUACGACUCAUCGUAUCCUACAUAUUAUUCAAAAUUGGAUUCACCAAGGGAGGUGCAACCAUCAGACAUAAUUUGUGACGGAAGAGCUAGAACAAGAGCAGGAGCACAAUUGGCUGAGGAAAAUUAUGAUUCAAAUAAUCAAUUACAAGCAGCUGAAAGUGCUGAAAGAGUUGAAAGUACUGAAACAAUCACGUUACCCCACUAUUGCAAAGCACCAGAUACACAUUUUUCCAAACUGUAA